CCAGGACAUAUUGCUAAGGAUUGCAAGAGUGAAAACAAACCGGGGAGACAACAAAGACAAGGAAAUGCCAGAGUCUUUGCUGUGGGUCAAAGGCAGAGGAAUACUGGUGUGGAAGGUACAAUAACUCUCUUUCAUAAUCUUGUGAGGGUUUUGUUUGAUACUGGUGCAUCACAUUCUUUUAUCUCUCGAUCUGUUGUGAAUGCGUUGGGAUUAACUCCUAAAUUGCUUGGUGUACCUUUAACUGUUGAGUCACCUUUGGGUAAUUCUGUGAAAUUGAUUUUGGUGUGUGAGUCUUGCCCAUUGUUGAUUGGUAACAAGGAGUUCCUUGCUGAUUUAAUUAUUCUGGAUAAUAACUCGUAUGAUAUGAUACUUGGUGUGGACUGGUUAUGGUGUAAUCAUGCUGUAAUUGAUUGUCAUGGAAUGUUAAUGUCAUUUCAUACUCCUGGACAAGCGGUGGUUCGGCAUAGGUGCAUUAAAACUGAUGCAACUAUGAAGUUUGGGUUUCUAGCUCUUGUGGAAAGAGUAGAACGAGUUCUGGCAUUGGAAGAUGUUCCUAAAGUAUCUUUGUAUCAGGAUGUUUUCCAAGAUAUUGUGGGUUUGCCUCCAAGGAGGGUAGUAGAGUUUACUAUUGAAUUGAUUCCGGGAACGUCACCAAUAUCAAAGGCUCCAUAUAGAAUGGCACCUACCGAGUUGAAAGAACUCAAGAUUCAAAUUGAUGGUUUAGUGGCACAAGGGUUCAUUAGA